ACUAUGAUCUUUGUGCACGACAAUGUUGUCGAAAUCACGGAGAUCAAGGGCAGCUCCAUGGCUCCUACUCUCUCCCCUGACCAUCAUGCUACCGGCCGUUGUGAUCGUGUGUUAUGGCAGAAAUGGCAGGCAAACGCCCACAUACAGCGGGGCGACGUCGUUUACUUUCACUCCCCUCAUAUGCCGGACCGAUUGGCCGUGAAGCGGAUCAUAGCUACAGAAGGCGACAGUGUGAUACUGGACCGCCGACGUAGGCCGCAGCGUGAGAGGGAUGGUGCGGACAUACCGGAGAGCAAGGCAUGGGAUGCGCUUAUGGGGAAGGUCAAGACCGUGCCGGAAGGGCAUGUCUGGGUUGAGGGCGACAACUGGCGCAGCACGUGGGAUAGCAAUCACUACGGUCCUAUUUCCAAGAACCUAAUCAUUGGCAAGGCUGUUGCUGUGGUUUGGCCGCUUGAUCAAUUCUGGACGAAGCCUUGGGAGGGAUUUCAG